AUGUCCAUGUUGAAGUGGUCGGGGGACUAUUCGCUCCCACGCCUUCGAGCGAAGCUGGCGACCACGGGAGCUGGGACGUCUUCCAGUCCGGAGUCUGACUAUGCCGAGGUUUAUCGACCUGACUUAGGGCUCAGCACCAUCUUGAAGAAGGAGUCUCCAGAGUUCUUCUCCGCCGUGGCGGAGACAGGUGGGGUUGAAGCCUUUGCAAGAUCCAGUGGCUACCGAGGCUUCCGGAAGGGGAAGGUCGUUGCGCCACCGGGAGUGCUCAGCAAAUCCAGUAGCCUCACGGCCACUCAAACAGUGAAUCUCACCAUGAAGAAGAGUCCAAGCAUGGGAGGCAACAAGCUGGGCGAGGGCGCCCAGCAAAGCAUGACUCGGGCCUUGUCAGUUCCCAUGUUAGGAUCCAGAGCCUUAGAGAGACAGCCAGGCAAUGCCCAUGCUUUGCCACCCACUUGGCAUGUGAAAUCCAGUUCCAGCCUUCCGGGCUCGAUCAAAGCAGCUUCACCUGAUGAUCCCAAGGAGAAACAAGUGGAAGCUGCAUGCAAGAAGCUUUGGACUGCAGUUCAUGGAAGCGAGAAUCUUAUCCAGACAACAUGCGAAGCGCUGAGAAAGGAGCAGUAUCCAACCAACCAGGCCUAUCUAGCAGCUUUGAACAAGUCUCUUGCCAACUUUCCCGGGAUGUUGAGAGCCAUAAAAUCUGGUGCCAAGAUUGAUUGGCACAAUCCAGAGUGGGAUGGUGCGACCCUUCUCCUUCGUGCUGCUCGCACGGGGUCUAAGGAUCUUGCCCAAUUUUGCUUGUCACAGUCUGCCAACAUCCAAGAGAAGGACUUUUCUGGAAGAGGUGUACUCCAUUGGGCUGCUUUAUCGGGCAACAACUUCUUGGUCCAGUACUUGUUGACUUCUUAUCCUGAGCUCGACUUAGCCUUGGCCGACCACAGCGGUGACUGUGCCCUUCACUUGGCCGCCUAUGCUGGUCAUUUGGGCGUGGUGCGUCAGCUGGUCCUGGCUGGUGCCAAAGAGACGGUGGUGAACUCCGGAGGCUUCACACCGGCGCAACUGGCGGAGUCCAAACGCAUGUGGCAUGUCUCCAAGUUUUUGCGUGAGAACCAGAGUGGUGAGGCCGUGAAGGACCGUUUAUCACACAUUUUGCGCUACGUGGAUGACUCGCCCCAUGGGAGCGAGGACAAUGUGGCUGUGGCUAAGAAUAGAGGAGAAUACAAGGUGCAGGCCAAAUCAGGCCUUGCUCGGCAAAGGUCGAUCCGCUCCGGGUCGCUCCGCGCGAACUCCAAGGAUUCGACCUCACGGCGCCAGGAAGAAGAACGGCUCCUGAAGACAGCGCAGGAAUUGGAAAGCAAAGAGCUGGCACAGACUCUACGCUUGCAGCAGAGCACAGGCAGGUCCUUCCUGCAAGAGAUCACAAUAGGUUACACCCCAACGCCGCGAGGUCCCAUGGAGCACCAGCGACCCCACAGGUUCCAAGACAUCGGCUACAACGAGCUCCCAGGUGCCUUUAAGUCCAAGGCACAGCAGUGCUUGGCCAAGAUUGCUGCGUCCAAGCGAGCAUGCCGUGGCUUCAUGGAGUAUGAGCAUGAUUCUCUGCAGCGCUCAGAGUUCGGAAAGGGCACCUUGGAAGAGAACGCUCGAAGGUCUGCGAAAGCUGCUUUGUGGUCGCGAGGGAUCCAUGUGGCGGAUCCCGAAGGGACGAUGAAACGCAUGUUUCAGAAGUUCAUCGGUGACAAGCUUGAACAACGGCAGAAACAGGACACAUCUGCCAAAUUGGCUGAUGCAGACAGUGGCAGUAGUUCUUCCAGCUCCAGCUCAAAGAAAAAGAAGAAGAUAAAGAAAGCAAGAAAGGCCAAAAUAAAAAAGAAGGACAAGAAAAAACAUGGGAAAGAAAAAAAGGCAAAGUCAGAGAUGCUGGUUCGGUUGAAGCGAGAGAGAAAAGAGGCAGACCGAGAGGCUUCCUUGGAUCCCAAGUUUACCAAGAUCAUUGAUCGCGUCUCGUCUUUUUUGCAUGUCUUGUUCCAAAAGAACGUGCUGCAGAGAAUACCUUAUUUGUUGAGACUCUCGAAGGUAAAGGAUAAAGGACGUGGAUGAAUUGUGGGUAUCGCAUGAUUCGUCUGAAGAGAGCGUUUUCCAUGUAACAGAUGCGUCCACUAGACCGACAUACUCACUCCAAUCAGCUGAGGUUUCCGUCAGAACGUCAACUCGUUGAUACCAACGAAGUAGAUGCCAUGCCGAACCUAGAGCAGCCUGUGCAGGUGUCACUCAUAUUUGAUACUGGAAGGAACAAACUUUUCUGAUCAAGGGCCAAAGGAUGAGAGAAGCGACCCGGAUCAAGUGCGAAUGGGUGAAGAAAGAAGUGAUAUCGCCUGAGCGCACAUGGAGAGAGCCUACAUGGAGGCAAAAAGGGCUGGAUCCUUGAGUCUUCUGCACUUUGGUCGAUUGACGUCCUUUGACGUUCACUGCCGACCCAGCACAAGAGGAUGCUGUGCGCAGCACCCAGACCGGUCGAGCCUGCUGUGCAGAAAAAUUGCCCGGGUGCAGUGAACGAAGUUGGAGGCCAUCGCUAGUAGGUGGAGGACAUUUCCAUUAGGUUCCUUAUAGUAUUAGGAUGUAUUAGGUUGGAGGCCUAUUGGCUUCGUGCUGCUUCGUGCGAAGCAGGUCGACGUUCGAUCUCGGUGUCCAGGAUCUGGGCGUCCCGUCACACACCUUCAUCG